UGUAAAUCAUCAAGUUCUUGUUGUGCACAUUACAAUCAAGUCGUUUUCCAUAUUGUAUUGAUCCACAACAAUAAGUAUUAAAAUGGAUUAAAAAACGUGAAGAAAAAAAUAAUUUAAAAUUAGUCACGUUUCAUGAUAGUGAUUUUUUAAAACAUCUUGAAAUGGCAAUUAAAUAUGAAUUUCCACUUUUAUUUCAAGAUUGUGAUGAAUAUAUUGAUCCAGUCCUUGGCAAUGUAUUAGAAGAAAAUAUUAGAGUCGACAAAGAAGUAGAUUAUGAUCCUAAUUUUCGUAUGUAUUUAACAUCAAAAUUACGAAAUCCUCGUUUAACACCGGCUCAUUUUGGCAAAUCAAUGGUCAUUAAUUAUACUGUUACACUUAAAGGUCUUGAAGAUCAAUUAUUAUCGGUUAUUGUUAAAAAUGAACGUAAAGAAUUAGAAGAACAACGUGAACUUUUAAUACAAGAAACAUCUGUAAAUAAAAAAUUAUUAAAAGAUUUUUAUGCUUUUUAUGAUUUUGAUGCUUUAUUGCGUGAAUUAUCAACAUCAACAGAAAAUAUGCUUGAUAAUAAUGAAUUAAUAUCAACAUUAGAAGAAACAAAAUCAAAAGCUGAUGAAGUUAAUGAAAAAAUACGUUUAGCAGCAAAAACAUCAAAAGAUAUUGAAAAAUUACGUGAUCUUUAUCGUCCAGCUGCUAAACGUGGUGCAAUAUUAUUUUUUGUUUUAUCAGAAAUGCCCUUAAUAAAUACAAUGUAUCAAUAUUCAUUAACAAGUUAUUUAGAUGUAUUUGAAUUUCCAUUAAGGGCCCCCCCUGUAAGCGUCAGGUGCCCUUGUACUAACAGCUCACAAAACAAUCCCAGUUCAGAAUCUCUACAAAUCAACAAUUUAUUACCAACUAAUUACUAUUACAAAUAAUUUUAACAGUAAUGGAAGUCUGUUCUUCUUCAAUUAAUGAAGAACAGUAAUAAUUGAAUGUUGAUAAUAAUGGAAUGUUGUUGAAUAGUUGCUAAUGUUGAUGAAGAGAAGGAGUGAGGAAGAGAAUAUGCAAACUGAAAUUAUUGCGGUAUAAGAAACACAGUUA